GAUAAAACAGAUACUUAAGGGAUUUAUAUGGCUGACUUAUAGAAAAUAAAAAACCAAGGAGAAUUAAAGAUAUACUUCUUCAUAUGUGACAAAUUUAUAGAACUGGUGCAGCGAACAUAAAAAGAAGAUAAAUGAUUUAAAGUGAAUCAGAUACAAUUGACCAACUGAUUGCGGUUUAUUCUACAUAUACCAGUAUACCGGGUACUUAAUAACUUGUUUUGUAAUUAUAUCCAGCCGAAUUGUUAUGUUUUGAUCAUACAUUGUAUAUGUAACAAUUUUUCCCAUGAUUCAUGAUCUGACUUCAAUUCUAGAAUUUUACAAUAUAUUGUAAAUCAGUAUUGUGCUAUUUUUUCAUUCUUGCCAUAAAUUUAUCUAUGCUUGUAUUGAAUUUCCUGUUCAAUUUUAUUUGAAUGAUGUAAUUCAGCAUUUGGCAUUUACGAUGGUGUUUUUUUUUUACUGCAAAAAUUUAGUAGUUUAUUAGACUUGGAAAUUCAGCUAAUGUUUUAUAUGCUAAUUUAUACUCAGCCAAACAAUCUUACAGUGGAGAUUUUUAUGCUCCAUCGGCCAUGUUGUUUUCAAGUGACCAUGUCUAAUUUUCAUAUUUACAACUUAGAAAAUUAUCCUUAAAUAUUAUUUUCAUCCAAUAUUGGAAUGUCAAAGGAUUCAGAAUUCAAAACUCUAGAUAUUAGUGGAUAUUCAUCCCAUUCAAAAAAACCUAAACAUGUAACAUUCUCAAAACCUGUGGAAAUUGGAGCGUUCUCAAUUGAUGGCCAACGCAAAUUUUGCAAUAAUCUCAGCCAGAUGUCUUAUGUUGAAGAUACUUCGAGAUGGUGUAAAAAUAUGGAUCUAAAUGAUGGUUACAAAGACCGAUUUGUGAAAAGAGAUGAAAAUGUAAAAGAGCGACUUGACAAUCUGUUGAGAUGGGUGGUUUCCAACCUUCAUCGUUUCAAAAAUGGCAAUACAACUAAAGAAAGUAAAAGUUCUUCAUUGGCUGCUUUACCAGAUUUUAUAUUGUGGAGAGGGCAUAUGACAAAAAUUAUGUGCACGCCUUAUGAAUACCAAGAAGGCUGGGAGAUGGCUGCACAAAAACUAGGUUCAACAAUUUAUAUCAGCGAAGUUGAAACUCUGCAAGCAGAAAAAAGACGUUCGAACAGCACUGACAGAGAAAAGUUGAUGACCUAUUGGGGUGUUCGUUUCGAAAAGUACAUGACCCGACCAGAUCCUCCACAUAAUAGAAAUGAAGCAAAAUGUCCACGAUUAGUACCCAUCGAUCAGUCGAAGAUUGUGGUAAACACGAAUGAGGCUUAUUGUACAGUAAUGAAUGUGCAAUUGAAUUCUCAUAAAAUUAUUCAUAGUGCUGAAGUGGACUGCUGCCAAAAUCCUUCUGAGGGUUUAACACCGCCAGAUAAUUAUAUUGAGUUGAAAACCAGCAGAGAGUUUUCUACUCAAAAACAUGAAGACAAUUUUCAUAGGUACAAAACAAAAAAAUGGUGGGCACAGUCAUUUCUAGCUGGUGUGCCCCAGAUUACAUGUGGUUUCAGGGAUGACAAUGGCGUUAUAGUUAGUAUUCGUCAUUUCAAAACAUUGGAUUUACCGAGGAUGGCACGGCAAGUUCCUCACGGUGCUUGGGAUGCAAAUGUCUGUCUUGACUUUUUGAACAAUUUUUUUGAUUUUGUUAAAAAUGUUUAUAGUGGUGUACAAGAAGAUGAAAAAUGUGUAUUUCUAUUUUCUUGGAGGGCCAAGGAGGAUAAAGUUAUAUGUACACGUUACAAUUUGCCAACAAAACACGAGUUUUUGCCUGAAUGGUACAAGAUCUCAUUAAGUUAUCUAUAAAACUUCGUAUAUGAGCAAACUCGCACCCCACUUCCUGUUAAAAUGUUCUAUUUUACUGAAUUCAAUAGAAACAUAAUGCUUUGAUCAAUUUUUAUUUAUAAUUACUUGUACUGAUUAGGCAGAUUUGAUUUAAUCUGGACUGUAAUUUGGCCAUAUUCUGGCUUUGGUGAGUGAAGCGGUUUAGCCCACCUCUUCAUGCACCCAACUUGGCAAUUCUGAUUGGGCAAUUUGGCAUUAGGAGACUUCAACUAUGAUAAGCUUAGUGAUAUCUUUUUAGAAAUAUUUCUUUAUACAUUUCACUCCUGUUGAGUGAAUCCCUAAAAAUGUUUCAAUAUGGUGUGACAAAAUUUUUUAUCCUGUUUAAUUUUUUACCAAGUAAUGUAUCUCAUGUUAUAUUAUUUUGCUCUCUCACAAUUUUAUUCAGUCUUCGUGAUUAAAUACUUUUGGGUGAGCGAACAAGUACCACUUCUUUGGACAACACCUUGCAAUUUAAAAUCAGUUUUCCUUGUAAUCAAUUUUACUUAUUUUGUUUUUAUCAAUUAUUUUAUGGUCUUCUA